AACCCCCCACCCCACCUCAGCCGUGCGUAAGGUUCGUGACGUAACCACGCUAAGAUCCGCUUCGACAAGUGCGACCGAAUUCGUUCAGAUCAAGGAAGGGUGGAAAUAACAUGGAUUCCAUGGAACUUGGUGACUGCAGCUACAGAAAGAAGAAUAUCACAGUGAAAGGGUUUGUUACUGAAGACAAAAUUUUACCUGGUUUGGUGGUGAGGGACAAAGACCUGACACAUAUGUGCAACAAUUCUCUGGUGGCAGACAGAGAUCGACUCCUUGGCAUCGAAAUGGCUUUGACCACCGAACGAGAUGAGUUGAAAGCCAACUUCCAGGACGUGAAGCAGCAGCAUGAUCAGUUGCAGUCCAAAUACCAACUCUUAAAUAGAGAGAACAGUGCACUGGGCAAAGAGAAAGAGCAGUUGAGAGUUACUUAUGAGUCCCUUCUUAAAGAGAAAGACCAGUUACAGACCAGCUACAAUUCCCUUGUCAGACAGCAAGAGGACCUUCAAGCUAAUAUAAUUACGGUGGCUUCUGAAAGAGAUGAGUUCAAGUCCCGCCUUAACAAUCUCGAAAAUGAGAAAGAACAGUUGGAGCAUAAUUGCUCUUCACUGAAAAGCGAGAGAGACCUGUUACAGGCCAAUUUUGAGUCGCUCUUGAAAGAGAAAGAACAUCUUCAAAGUAGUAAAACAACCUUGUCUGCUGAAAUAGAUCAGUGCAAGUCCAGCGUCAACAGUUUGAAAAAUGAGACGGAUCAGUUAGAACAAGAUUAUGCUUCAAUCAGAAAACAGAAAAAUGACUUAGAUGCCAUUCACAACUCCCUCACGAAAGACAAAGAGCAGUUACAGACGAACUAUGAUUCCCUCCGUAGUGAGCAACAGCUUCUGCUUGAAAGUAAAAAAAAAAUGUCAAAUGAAAGAGAUCAAUUCAGGUUGAUGCUCACCAAUCUGGAAAAUGAGAAAAAACAGCUGCAACAGAAUUGCUCUUCACUGAGGAGCGAGAAAGACCAGUUACAGAACCAAUAUGCAACCCUCGUUCAAGAGAAAGAGCUACUCAUAAAAAAUCUGACCAAACUGACUGCUGAGAUAGAUAGAUGUAAUACCCUGAAUGGCUAUUUCAAAACUGAAAGAGACUAUCUUACAAAACAGUUAGAGCCCUGUAUGCACUGUCCAGCCGGGUGGUGGGAGUUCAACACCAACUGUUACUUUGUGUCAAGCUUGAGUCGGAAUAGGGCAGAAAGCAGACAAGACUGCAUAAGCAAGGGUGCCGACCUGGUUAUCAUAAACAGCAGGGAGGAACAGAGAUAA